AUGACCAUAUCCCACCAAGGUCAGAAUACCGAGCCACCAGUCAGCGCAGCCAUGGCGAGUCCCAGAGAAAGAUCAACACCACGCGCCGAACCCCCGGAUAGACGCGAAUCUCUCGAAUUACGGGAACUGCAGACCCGCGAAGAUGAAGAGCAACUGGGGUACUCGUCCCCAUCCGCCUCGUCGGGUGAGGAAUACCGAGUCACCACCCGAAGACGAUCCUCAACUUCAACGACCGUGCGACGCGCGCAACCCCCACGCAAAGGAAAAGAUCCUCUUAGUAGGAUCGUUCGCUUCUGGACACAGCAUGUGACACUGACUGUUCCUCAACGAAGUAAUCGGGACCAUUUCGCCCUAGAAAGAACCCUCCUCGCAUACAUCCGCACCUCAGUAGUAAUCUCCAUGCAAGGCGUCCUAAUCUCCCAACUCUUCCGCCUCCAACAACCAGGCGACCGACUCAGAUUCUACGUCGCGGGCAAACCCUUAGCAGUGACGUGUCACUGCGUGGCUAUUUUGGUUGCGCUUAUCGGGGCGUUCAGAUUCUGGAGGCAACAGGGGGCUAUUUCGGUCGGGAAGGUUCAUGCUGGUGGGUGGGAGUUGAAUGCAGUCGGGUUUUUAUUUGGUGCGAUAUUUCUAGUGACGUUGAUUUUGUCGAUUGCGAUUAUUGUUGAGACGGAUUUGAGUCAAUCUAUGUUGGUGCAGGAGAUGGGGAGGAUAUCUUCUUCGUUUUUGAAUAAGAGGUGGAAUUGA